UUUUAAGACCCUCCCUUUCGCCUCUCUCCCUCCCUCUCCUCUCAGUGCCAGUGUUCUCCAGGCAAACACACAGUGAGGUUCAACUUUACAGCAACAGCAGAGCAUAUCAGGUUUCCACGCACUCCCCUCAGUGAAUUACUGGAGAUCAGAGCAGCACGACUGUCCUUCACGGUCUGACCAAGCAAGACGCAUCAAGACAGAGCUUGUGCCAUGAGGUGAUUACUUUUUCUGUCUGGACAAGUCUUUUCACACCUGUCCCACCUGUAGACAUGGGGUUACAUGAGAGUGUGAGCUCUUGGAGGUGGCAGGGCAGUGGUGGUGCGUUCAGGGCCGCAGUAGGAGUAUUGCUGCUGGGGCUCAGCCUGGCCCAGUCCGUCCCCCCACACGCUGCCUGUCCAGCUGCUGCGGCCCCCCAGAGCGUCCCCCAGCCCCAGUACCAGGACACGGAGAAGGACGUCAUGGGCUUUUUGUCAGGUUUUGUCCAUUCCUUCCUCCAAACAGUCCAACCGAACGCCUUUCCUAAAGAUCUGAUCAUGAACAUAGUACAAUAUCCUGACCAACUGCUGGAGUCAAAACAAGGAAACCUCAGAGAAUUCCUGGUGUACGAUGUGGGUUUCCUGGUGUGCACAGCCAUUGGUGUCCUAUACAUCAUUCUGAUGCCCAUAGUUGGGUUCUUGUUGGCAUGCUGUCGCUGCUGUGGAAACUGUGGUGGGAAGAUGUACCAGAAGCAGACAUCCUCCACUAACUGUCACAGGAGAAGUAUUUACUGGACUGCAUUCGGCACCACAGCCAUUAUCCUUGCUGGGAACGUUUGCAUGUUCAUGAGUAACACAGACAUCAAAGUGAGCGUGGAGCAGAGUCAAGUGGAGCUCAACAAAUCUAUAAACAACAUCCAUUCCUACCUCACGUCUGUGCCUCAGCAAAUCGACAAGGUGGUGAAUGAGAGCUACAGAACCGUGGAGGAGGUUAGCAGAAACCUGGAUGCCAUUGGACCUCAGUUGGGAAAAGAGAUCAAGGCGCAGUUCAAAGGAACACUGGACCCAGCGCUGAGUUCUGUUAGACUGCUGGAUCAAGAAACUGUUAACACCAGUCUUGGACUGAGCCAGCUGAACUCAUCUUUGACCCAGCUGCAGUCCAGCAUGGAGCGCCUCCAGGACAACUUCACUGCCAUUAAAGAUCGCAUGCUUCAGACUAUAUCCAAUGCAAACUGCGUUGGCUGUAUCAACCUGAAGCCUGAGCUAGAGAAACUAACCCUGGAUACCUCCAUCACUAUUCCCAGCUUGAGUGAGUUCGAGUCUGCAAUGGAUGAAGUCAAUAAAACUAAUCUCCCAUCCAAAAUCAAGGAGAUGGAGGAUUAUUUCGACAGCAUCCCCCAGCGGGUGACUAAUGAGACCAAGGGUAUAGUUCAAAGCAGCAAGCAGUUGUUGGGCAACAUAAAAACACAGAUCUCACAGGUCACCAAUGACAUCCCUUUAUCCUCUCUUACGGACCUGAUGGGUUCUCUGGACCAGGUGGAGAGCCAAAUGUUCAAGUACACACCAGUGAUCGAGAGAGCCGAGGAAAUAAGAUGGGCAGUGUCUGUGGCCCUGUGCUGUGCUGUCCUCCUGGUGGUGGUGUGUUACCUGCUGGGUCUGGUGCUGGGCCCCCUGGGUUUGUCACCCAAAGACGACCCCACUGAGCGCUCCUGCACCGCGGAUUGCGGAGGCACCUUCCUCAUGAUGGGUGCAGGUUUCAGCUUCCUCUUCUCCUGGCUGUUCAUGAUAGUGGUGACGCUGCUGUUCCUGCUGGGCGGGAACCUCUACACCCUCAUCUGUCGGCCCUGGAACAACGGACAGCUGCUAGAACUUUUGGCUAUUACUCCAGGGUUCGAUUUAAGGCAAUCUUUGGGAUUGAAAACCAACAUCACUAUCCCUGAUAUCUAUAGAGACUGUAAGCAAAACCAGCCUCUGUGGACAACACUCCACUUGUAUGAGCUCAUAAACCUUGAUGACUUACUCAAUGUAUCCAAAUACACAGAGCAGAUCCAGCAGGAGUUUGAGAGUACAGUCAUCACUCUGCCCAGUGUCACUCUCCUGAGCCCCGAGUUACAGAAACAACUCAGCAGCUUCUCCAACAAGGCUUCAAAUCUUGACUCCACUGCUGUCACGGAGAAGAUGAACAAAGUUUCCAGCAUCAAUCUGAAUACCACAGCAGAUAACAUGGACGUGUUCGCUGCUGCUCAAUCAAACAAUGGAAUAAAAAAAGAGCUUAUAAAUGAGGCCAGGGACCUGAGGCAGAUCCAGGCAGACAUAGAAACAAUCAUCAUCCCACAACUGGAAAACUUGAACUCGACCAUCAAGAGCUUUAAAUCCAUCGCAGAUCAAAUCAAUGGAACAGUCGGGGAGGUGCUGAGCAACGUGGGAACAGCACAAGACUUCCUCAACACAAAUACAACACAGAUCGUCAGGACCGAGAGCAGAAAGUUUCUCGACUGUCAGCUGGGUUACUUAAUUGUUUAUGCUGACUGGGCCAAUCUCACGAUCACACAGCAGGUGGGCCGCUGUGGGCCGGUGGCAGGAGCUGUGGACUCUGUGGAUAAUAUCCUCUGCUCUCACCUUGUGGAUUCUCUGAAUGCGUUCUGGUUCAGUUUGGGCUGGUGCAUGAUCUUCUUCAUCCCAGGCAUCAUCUUUUCUAUGAAACUAGCCAAGUACUACAGGAGGAUGAAGUACUCUGAUGCCUUUGACGACCACAUAAUCAUGAACCAUAUCCCCCGGGCCCAGAUGAAAAUCACCUGAGAGGACGGCAUAUGGACUGCAGACAGAACUGCGUCAUCGCAAACUGAAGACACAUGGGGCACUCCUGCACAGAUGUGGCACAUUGUCACUUCGAUGAAAAGACUGAAAAUAAAUGUGAAUUUACCUUUUUACACGUUUUUAAAAACAAUCCAAUCAAGACAGCAAAGUUGAAACAGAUCAGAAGUCAGAGGGAGAGCCUGGGGCUCAAAACGUUAAACGGUACACUACACGAUAGAGUCCAUCUAAUGGAGCUAUUUGGUGUGUGGAUCUAUAUUUGUCAACUCUGCUAGGUAUUUUCAUUCCAGUUUUACUGUAUGGGUGGAUAAGCAAAGUGGCUGCAGUGGUUAUACAAUACAUGACAGACUUUACAAAAAGCGACUUUUAAAUAACCUCAGGGCAUAAGGGAAUCUGCAGGGACUUUUUCAUAUUUAAAUAUACAUUUCAAAGAGACUUGUUUUAUUACGUAAAUGUUUUGUGACUAUUUAAUAUUUUAACUCAGCUGCUGCUGGAUUCUGGGAAUAUUUGCUUCAUAUUUCAAACGACAAAGCUGAUUUUUGCUGAAACAUUAAGGUACAAUGGGGGUGCUCAGCAGUGGGUUACCGUGCCAACAGGCUUUUUAUAACGUGCCAGCCUCUGUCUGUUUCCCGCCAUGGUUCGAGAACUUAAGUCCAAAGGUGAAACCCUUUUUUUGUUAUAUUCUUAAUGACUUUUGCACUAAUAAUGGAAAUCAAAGCACUUUUUUAUUUGAAUCAUAAAAUGAAUACACUCUUUCUGUGUGACUGGUGUCACUGCUGUAUGCUAAACUCAAUGCAGUUAAGGUUCUGAUUUUGCUUGUGAAUAUUUUUUUUAUCUCAUGAUUUUGGCUGAUUUAUAUUUCCAGAAAGAUGAUUGUUUGUGUGUUAACUUUGGACUCAUUACUAGAUUGUGUGUUUGUCUCUCUGUUACACAGCACUUUACAUGGUCUGUUUGCUCAAUGUGAUUUCAAAGGUUGUGAAAAUUUCUGCAGCUCCUGUGAAAACUAUUGUAAGUAAAAAUCUCCCAUGAUCAACAAA